AUGGCUAGGUCAAAGUCGUCAGAAGAGAUAGAUCCAGGGCCCAGGUUGACUCUGUCCCCACCAGCACUGCAGCCCCAGACCUCGAAUCCUACUAUCAUUGAGCCCGAGCCCGAGCCCGAAUUCUCUUUGGACGGUGGGAAUAGGCAAGUGCGAGGCGAGAUUGAUGAACCGUCCUCGCGAGAAAUCAACGCCAGAACCAGCUUGCUAGGCAAUUACCAUCACAAUCACCGUGUGUGUGGCCUAAAGAACUGCAAUCAUGGCACAUUUUCCCCGCGGGCCCCUUCAUUCAGGAGUGCGAGGAGCAGUAUUGACAGCUCUAUCCAAUUUGGUGGUCGGUAUGCAGGGGCCAUUGGAGACGAUGGUGGCUCAAGAGACCAGGUGCAUGGCAUUUUGGGAGACAGUCUGGCGGACUCAUUACCAGGCAGUAAAAGCAUGAGCACAACGACUUGGUUGGCCAAAAGGCACGGAGUCAACAGCCCGGGAUUCAUGUACUUCUCCUACUAUUUCCCAUUUGUCAAAUGGGUUCGACAAUACAGAUGGGCAUGGUUUCAAGGGGAUCUCAUUGCUGCCCUCACAAUGGCCUCCUUCUACAUUCCAAUGUCAUUGUCAUACGCUUCGAAUCUCAGUCAUGUUCCACCAAUCAACGGUUUGUAUGCUUUUGUAUUCAAUCCUCUGAUUUAUGCCUUUCUGGGCACCUGCCCCCAAAUGGUCGUCGGCCCAGAAGCCGCAGGAUCUCUACUUGUUGGAUCCGUGGUAAGAUCCUCGAUCGACAAAGGAAAUUCCGGAGACGACAACAGCCUUAUCAAUGCUGAGAUUGCUGGAGUCGUUACUGCCACUGCCGGAGCUGUCAUCUUUGUUGCUGGUCUAAGCCGUCUUGGAUUUCUUGACAGCGUUCUGAGCCGACCUUUUCUUCGAGGUUUCAUCAGCGCUAUUGGAUUUGUUAUUUUCGUUGAUCAACUGAUCACCGAGCUGGGCCUCGGGGAUGUGGCUAAAGAUGCAGGAGAUGUUUCGCAUGGCAGCAGUGCACAAAAAUUGGUAUUCCUGGUUAAAAAUGUUGGAAAAUCACAUGGUCUUACAGCCGCCGUGUCUUUUACGAGCUUUGUUAUAAUUAUGUUCUUCCGAACCAUCAAACGCAAACUUCAGCCAAGGUUUCCCUCAGUUGCGUAUUUCCCUGAUCGUUUUCUGGUCGUUGCAUUAACGGCGGUUCUGACGUGGACUUUGGGCUGGGACAAAAGGGGCUUGGGUGUCCUCGGAAAAGUCGAAUCUGCUACGGGAUCCAAGGCAAUUCCAUUCCACUGGCCUUUCCAAUAUGCGCACCUGAAGCAUAUCGAUACUGCGCUGAGCACUUCGUUCUUGAUUGCAUUACUUGGGUUUUUUGAAUCAUCCGUAGCUGCAAAAAGUCUUGGUGAAGGCACCCACGGAUUAAAAGGCAUGACCUUGAGCGCAAACAGGGAACUGAUCGCUUUGGGGACCGCCAACAUUGUGGGAGGAUGUUUCAUGGCCCUGCCCGCCUUUGGGGGCUAUGGGAGGAGCAAGGUGAACGCUUCGACCGGUGGAACCACUCCGAUGAGCAGUAUCCUUCUCAGCCUCAUUACCCUUUUGUGUGUGUUUUUCGUGGUGCCUUACUUUUACUACGUGCCAAAGGGAGUCCUUUCAGCAAUGAUUUCGGUGGUUGCAUAUUCGCUCAUCGAAGAAUGCCCGCAUGAUAUCAAAUUCUUCUUCAAGAUCAGGGGUUGGACGGAGUUGUCUCUCAUGUCCAUAAUCUUUCUCUCGACCGUCUUCUACUCUCUAUCUACCGGAAUCGCAUUGGGUAUCGGACUAUCACUUCUAUCGCUGAUCCGCCACGCCACCAAACCACGGAUACAGAUCCUUGGUCGCAUGCCAGGCACCGAUCGAUUUGAAAACGCAGAGCACUCCCCGGAAAACAUCGAAUACAUCGAAGGUUGCCUGAUUGUCAAGAUUCCCGAGCCCCUGACCUUCGCCAAUACAGGUGAGCUUAAGAACCGUCUACGACGUCUCGAACAAUACGGCACGAAUGCCGCACACCCGUCUCUCCCACGCGUCCGCCACGAGGAGAACAACAAGAACGUCAUCUUCGACGUGCACGGCGUCACCAAGAUCGACGGCUCUGGCACCCAAGUCUUCACGGAAAUCGUUGAGGAAUACGUCAAGCGCGGGACCCGCGUCUUCUUCUGCCGCCUGCCACACCGCCGCAGCAAAGUGUUCCAGAGCUUUGAGAGAAGCGGCAUCGUAGAUCUCUGUGGUGGGAAGCAUCAUUUUGUAGGAAGUGUCGAGGAGGCGCUGCGGUUGUCAGAAGCGGAGGUUCUGGAGAGGUAUUUUGAUGAGCGUCUAGCCGACCAUGAGAGGGAUACGCAAUGGUGA